AUGGUUAGAACUGUUUUGGUAGCUGAAAUCCCAUUGGUUCCUGGGCACACUAAAUUUUUAGUUAUGAGAAGAAACGUCAUAGCAACACAGGUUGGAGCUGUGGGCUCAAGGCACAUCAAACUUUUGCCAUCACUGAAGAAGAAGAGUAUACAUUUAAAUGAAUACUCAAAAGGCGGUGAAAAUCACAAAGAUGAAAAAAGAAAGACUUGUUGCAGAGAUUCAAAUUUCAUAAUCCCUUUUGACAUACUUUGCAAUUAA